AUGGAGCCCCUGCUCGCAAACAUCCUCUCGCUCGACUCCUCGGGUAUACUUCCUGGCACUGGAAUGCCACCGUCAUCCAAGAGAACCUGGAUUCCUUCGCAAGCAGCCUCACUCCCGGUUCCUGCCAUGCUACCAGUCCCACAGCAGCACUCUCAGCCUGGCUCGGCGGAUGCGCCUGUCUCGAGGGAAGCCGCAUCAUAUGCUCGUCGCCGGGCGGGAACAGCGUGCACAGUCUGUCGAAGCCGAAAGACAAAGUGUGAUAACCAACGUCCCAUCUGUGGGUUUUGCAAGGCCACAGGUGGCGCUUGCGUGUACCCGGAGGAUGCCCCCUCAGACCCAUCAAAGCUUGACAGAGGGAGUCUGGCCAUUCUGCAGCGGCUUGGGGAGAUGGAGCAGAGACUGACCACCUUACUCGAUCGCCAAAACCACGUGUCGAGUCCCAACCAGGACCCGACCCGUAGCUGCACAGCGGAACACACUGAGUCACCAACAGUGACCCCGGGAUGGGACGCCGGUGUGGAUACUCCUGGCCGAGUGGAAGAGACUAGUUAUGACCGUCCACCCUCGGGCGACAUUGUGACGAGAAGCUCCGAGAUGCGAGUCGAGAAGAUUCUUCAAUGGCUCAUAUUUUCGGUCAAUCACCCGUCUCUCGCUUCUAGCCUCGGUCGCGUGGACACUAUUCCCCGAGUCGUGGGGAGUGAAAGCCUGUUUGACCUUGACCCAGAGGUCAUUCGAAAUCUUGUCGAGAACUUCUUGGUUACUAACCAUGUCAAGAACCCCAUCUUCAACAUCAACGAGCUCUGGGUCUCUGUGAGAAAUGUUGCCGAGACCGGGCUUCGAUGGGAUGGAGAAACAUGUCUUGUGCUUCUUAUCUGCGCCAUUAGCGUUUUGUCGUCAAAGGUUGGCGAAGAGCUUCACCCUGGAUACUCGAAACACCCAAGUCGCCUCAACCGUGCAGAGUUGUACUUUCAAAUGGCUCAACGGCGGAUUGGGAUGCUUUACCACAGCAAUUGCCUUAUGGCUGCUCAGUGCAGCUUCUUGACGGCUGUAUAUUUAAUGACAACAUUCCGAAUCAUGGCUGCUUGGAAGGCCUUUUCUCAGGCUGGGUCUCAGUGCGUGGGAUUAUUGGUUGCUGGUGGUAGCCUCGACGAAGAAGGGCGGGCCAAGUCGCCCGAGAUAGAGGGAAUGAGUGUCAACGACCAACAAAUGGAGGAGAGCCUUUACUGGAGUUGCCUCAAAAGUGAAUUGGAAUUACGAACAGAGCUUGGCCUUCCAGGGUCCAUCCUCAAUGACAUGCAAUACUCACACCUCUAUCCGUCUCCUCCGGGUCCCAGUCAGCUGGUAGCUGACAGAAUGGGUCCCGAAUCCGAACAUCUGGAGAAAGGCUGGUUUUUCUACCUGGCCGAGAUCGCCCUGCGUCGCAUCAUGAACGAGGCCCUGUCGGCUCGCUACAGGGUCGGCUCUUGGUACUACACCACUAGCUGGUGGGCCACGUCCGGGGUGGAUGGGUUCAGGGGCCACGUGGAUGAGUUCAGGGUCAAGUUGAAUACAUGGCAAGAAAUGUUGCCUCCAGUGAUGCGUUUCCCCCAUGACCCGCUGGAGAAUACCGGGGAUGCGCUGCGUGGCAUCCUUAGAGGUCACUUCAUCGACAUUCUCGACGUUCUAUACUUCCCGGCUGUCCAGGCAGUUGCUUGUAAGGAUGUUAGUGAGCUCAACCCCUAUGUUCUGGCCACGGCACAGGCAGCUCUGCAGACUGCUACGUAUCGUAUUGCCAUCUGUGAGGAGGGCUUCUGGCACCGCCAUCAGGGGACCUGGCUGAUGAUUAGGACAUGCUCUCGUAGCGCGCUGCUGCUGCUUGCCACGGCACUUCGAGCCCAGCAGAUGAGUGGCUUGGAAGAUCUUCUCCCCAACCAAAGGACUAGUACUAUGACGACUUUUACACCGCUCCCCAAGGGCCAUGAGGCCUCGCCAUCGAUUUCUUUCAAUCCAGAACACACAAUAGCAGACAUCAACCCGCUCAUUUAUGGCGGCUUCACCGAACAUAUGGGCCGUUGCAUAUACGGUGGAAUUUAUGAGCCAGACAAUGGUCACGGCCUUUCGGACAAGAACGGAUUACGGACUGAUGUCAUGGAAUGCAUCAAGGAACUCCAGGUACCUGUUGUGCGUUACCCUGGGGGCAACUUCUGCGCCACCUACCGCUGGCAAGAUGGCAUAGGUCCCAAGGACAAGCGUCCCAAGAGGCCAGAGCUUGCCUGGGAGGGAACGGAACCCAACACAUUCGGCACCGACGAAUUCAUGGCUUGGUGUAAGGAAGUGGGAGCGGAGCCCUAUCUGUGCUUGAACAUGGGAACGGGCACUCUUGAAGAUGCUCUUGCGUGGGUUGAAUAUUGCAACAGUGACAAGGAUACAUACUUCGCCAACCUGAGACGGCAAAAUGGCCACGAUGAGCCCUACCGUGUCAAGUACUGGGCCCUUGGUAAUGAGAUGUGGGGUCCAUGGCAAGUCGAGCAACACACAAAGGAGGACUACGCCAAGAAGGCUGUCCAAUGGGCUCGAGCUCUUAAACUACUCGACCCCUCCAUUCAAUUGAUCCUUUGUGGAAAAGACGGAUACUCUGAUUGGGAUCGAUAUACCCUCCAGCAGUGCGUCCGGUGGGUAGACAUGCACUCCAUCCAUUACUAUUCCAUGGGCAAGGGGCACUAUACCAACAUCUCGUCGGUGUACGGCGCUGAGCGAGCCAUCCAAGUCUGCUCGUCACUCAUCGACCUCGCGAGAUGCGAGUUUGAUAUGUCUCCAUACCCAGAAGUCGACCGCAUUAACAGCAAGCCUUUGGCGAAGAAGAGACCCACAAUAUGCUUCGACGAGUGGAAUGUUUGGAAUCCUGAGCGAGCGCCUGGAAACAAGGGAGCCGAGGAGCAGUACACUUUGAGCGAUGGCUUGGCAGUGGCCAUCUGGCUCAACGUCUUUAUCCGCAACUGUAAAGAACUUGGUAUGGCCACAAUUGCCCAGAGUGUUAACGUCAUUGCGCCACUCAUGACAACCCCCCAGGGAGUUUGGAAGCAGACAACAUACUUCCCUCUUCUGCUGUUCUCCAGAUACAUGCGCGGCAAGUCUGUCGCAGUUCAUGUUCGGUCAGGGACGUAUGAGGGGCCAACAUGGCCCGAGUGGAUUCAGAGCACUUGCGUAGUGCCCAAGCUUGAUGCCAGCGCGGCCGUUGACUAUGACGGAUGGAUGAAUGUUGCUGUUGUCAACUCGCAUGAGGAGCAGACCCUAUCAACAAAAAUUGAUGGCAUCAAGGCUGGCACAGAGGUCCAGGUCUUCACCGUUGGCGGAGAGAGGUACCGUGUCUCUGACGUCAAUUCUACGGACGACGAGAGAAUCGGUAUCUGCGAGACAACGUGGACUUCUGGAGAAUCAUUUAAAUUUGAGCGGUUGAGCUUCACUCUUUUGCGAUGGAAGCUAUGA